AUGACCCGGCGCGGGGAGCGGCCCCCCGUUCAGGCGAGGGGUGGAGCCGGGGCCCAGCGCUGGGGAAAGGGCCUGGGCCGAGAUCCCGGGCGCGCGGCCGGGGCAGGGCUGGGCAGGCUCGGGGUGGGGCAGGCGCAGGAAGUGGGCACCAGGGCCCCCCGGGGCAAGAGCCCGCGCUGGACUCGGGGGUGGAGGCGAGUGGAGGGGGCGCGGCGUGAACCCAGCGCGCCCCUAACUCUGUGUCCCCUGUCUCCCUUUCCCGCCCGCCGGGCGUCCUCAGGCACCAUGCUGACCCGCCUGUUCAGCGAGCCCGGUCUCCUCUCGGACGUGCCCAAGUUCGCCAGCUGGGGCGACGGCGACGACGACGAGCCGAGGAGCGACAAGGGCGACGCACCGCCGCCACCUCCGCCUCAGCCGGGGCCCGGGGCUCCGGGGCCCGCCCGGGCCGCCAAGCCCGUCCCUCUCCGUUCCGACGAGGUGCCGGAGGCCGCGCUGGCCGAGGUCAAGGAGGAAGGCGAGCUGGGGGGCGAGGAGGAGGAGGAAGAGGAGGAAGAGGAAGGGCUGGACGAGGCCGAGGGCGAGCGGCCCAAGAAGCGCGGCCCCAAGAAGCGCAAGAUGACCAAGGCGCGCCUGGAGCGCUCCAAGCUGCGGCGGCAGAAGGCGAACGCGCGGGAGCGCAACCGCAUGCACGACCUGAACGCGGCGCUGGACAACCUGCGGAAGGUGGUGCCCUGCUACUCCAAGACCCAGAAGUUGUCCAAGAUCGAGACGCUGCGCCUCGCUAAGAACUACAUCUGGGCGCUCUCGGAGAUCCUGCGCUCGGGCAAGCGGCCCGACCUGGUGUCCUACGUGCAGACGCUGUGCAAGGGCCUGUCGCAGCCCACCACCAACCUGGUGGCCGGCUGCCUGCAGCUCAACUCGCGCAACUUCCUCACCGAGCAGGGCGCCGACGGCACGGGCCGCUUCCACGGCUCGGGCGGUCCGUUCGCCAUGCACCCCUACCCGUACCCGUGCUCGCGCCUGGCGGGCGCACAGUGCCAGGCGGCGGGCGGCCUGGGCAGCGGCGCGGCGCACGCCCUGCGGACCCACGGCUACUGCGCCGCCUAUGAGACGCUGUACGCGGCGGCGGGCGGCGGCGGCGCGAGCCCGGACUACAACAGCUCCGAGUACGAGGGCCCGCUCAGCCCCCCACUCUGCCUCAAUGGCAACUUCUCGCUCAAGCAGGACUCGUCGCCCGACCACGAGAAGAGCUACCAUUACUCUAUGCACUACUCGGCGCUGCCCGGCUCGCGGCCCACGGGCCACGGGCUGGUCUUUGGUUCGUCGGCUGUGCGCGGGGGCGUCCACUCGGAGAAUCUCUUAUCAUACGAUAUGCACCUUCACCACGACCGGGGCCCCAUGUACGAGGAGCUCAAUGCGUUUUUCCAUAACUGA